AUGGCCUACAGCUGUUGCUCUGGAAACUUCUCCUCCCGCUCCCUUGGUUGCUGCCUGCCCUCCUCAGGAUCCUGCAGUGGCUCUUCCUACCCCAGCAACCUGGUCUACACCACUACCAGCUGCUCUCCCAGCACUUGCCAGCUGAGCUCCUCUCUGAACAGUGGCUGUCAGGAGACCUGCGUUGAGCCCAUCAGCUGCCAGAGGACCUAUGUGGUGUCCAACCCCUGCCAGAAGCCCUGCUACUAUCCCAGGAGCUCCACACUCUGUACUCCCUGCCAGGGAACAUAUGUUGGCUCUCUGGGUUUUGGGUCCAGCAGCUGCAGUUCCCUGGACUAUGGAUCUAGAAGCUGCUACUCAGUGGGAUGUGGAUCCAGUGGCUUCAGAUCCCUGAAUUGUGGAGUCUAUGGCUUCCCUUCUCUGAGUUAUGGGUCCAGAUUCUACUACCCAUCCUACUUGGCUUCUAGUUCCUGCCAACCGUGCUACAGACCAAUCUGUGGAUCAGGCAUCUAUGGGAUUAACUGUUAAGUCUUUAACUCUCCUAUGCCAGCCUAUGCUCUGAAGC